AUGUUGAGUAGUUCCUCCUCCACAACUACUACUUCACAAUAUAAUAAUAACAACAAUAUGGCUGGAUGUAGUAUUAUAUCAAGUGCAUCCGUAAAGAGGAUAAUGAGAGAAAUACGUGAGAUGAAGGAGACCCAAUCUCCAGACUACACAGCCUAUCCUUUGGAUGACAACUUAUUCGAAUGGCAUUUCACAUUGAGAGGUGCAAAUGGAACUGACUUUGAAGGUGGAAUAUAUCAUGGCAAGAUAAUACUGCCAUCAGACUAUCCUCUAAAGCCUCCCAAUAUACUAUUCCUUACACCAAAUGGAAGAUUCGAAGUUGGUGUAAAGAUAUGUUUAUCUAUAUCUGCUCAUCAUCCAGAGUCUUGGUUGCCAUCUUGGAGUAUACGAACUGCAUUGGUGGCAUUGAUUGUAUUUAUGGGCACUGAUGGAAAGGGCUCUGUUGGUGCACUGGACUAUCCACCCGAACUAAGGAAGUCACUGGCAACCAGCAGCCUCGAUUGGAAGUGCAACAAAUGUGGAUCACAUAACGCCCAUUCACUUCCACCACUUCCAGACAAGCCCAUUCCCUCAAGCGACGACAACAAUACAUCAUCAUCUUUGGCGCCAGAUACAUCAGAAGAGAUGACAACAUUGUCAUCCAAACUAAACGAUACAUCAUCUUCAUCAUCAUCCUCACCUUCAUCAUCUUGUAUAAACAUCAAACAAACUCAACUGGAAACAACAAUUACAACAACUACGGCACUUACUACGACACCAACAACAACAACUACAACAGCAAUAGUCAAUGGCACUACACUUGUACCUAUGAAGGUAUCAAACGAACUUGUGUCCAUCUCAAAACAACCGAUCAUGACGACGACAAUCACGACUGAUAGAGUCCGAAUCAAACCAUCAACGACGCGCAUUGAUCGAUACAUUGCAGUCGUGUUCAUCUUACUGAUGGCACUCAUCUUCAAACGGCUAUUCUAU